CCGAGAUGUGAAACGUCUUGCAGAUGAACUCACUGAUUUAAUUUCAGAAGGUCUUUCAAAAGCCCUGGUUGACCGUUUCUCAGAUUCUGCCUCAUCCAUUUGUGCAGCAAAAUUCACUCAAAUACUAAAAUCUACUGCUCGAGAAGUUGGUAAUUUGUUGGGGAGGCAUGAAACCCAAAGCUUCUUUGACAACCAGCAGCAUCAUUACGAUCUGAAAUCAGAGCACAAAGAUGAGUCUUUGUCUGAGGGAGAAAAAAAUGAAAUUGAGUCCUAUGCCAGUAAAAUAACUGAUGAACAACAUCCAGCCACAGCUUUGGAGCUCCAUGUCCUCACAAAGAGUGACCUACUGGAAGGAAAAGGGGUUUGUGUAACUGUGGUAGAUGCUCAAGGGAAGCUUCUCUCAGAAGAGACUUAUCCAGGAACUGACCCAGCAGCUGGUAACAUCAGAGUCUUGCUGACAAAAACAUCAGAAAAUUCUUCAAAAAAAGAAGGAAUAUUAAGUAGAUUUAAAAGUAGGAUUAUGGGUGAAAUGACCCCACACAGCGGUCACUUUGAUAUUGUACGCUCUGACGGCUCAACACAAGCCGUGAAUUCAGAAAACCAGAACUGCCUGUUCCACGCUGUCAUCCAAGCAACAACUAAUGCCCUUGAAGAUGUCGUGCAAGAAAAAGCUAAAGAACUCAGAAUCAGAGUCAGUAAGGAGAUUCAGUCAAAGCCAGGCAAAUACGUUAAUGCUCUGAAGGUCCAGAACAUGUUCAAUCAGAGAAACAGCUGCAACAAAUUCAAAAUAGCAGGCGGAGUGAGAAAAGGAGACGAGAAGAAGUACAAGGAGUAUAUUAAAAACAAGGAGCCACAACAAAUAAUACACGAAUUGUAUUUGGGAGAUGUUGGAGAAUAUGAACAGCUUUGCCAGAAAAAUAUGAACGCCCCCGUCUCAGGUAUAGUUGAGGCAGACCACGUUCCACCGAAGAGUGUUUUGGAGAAGAUCAGGAAUAAAUCAAUGGUGAAGGAUAACAAUAUUAACUUGGAGUUCUCCAUGAACACACUGUAUCAUUAUCACCGACAUGUACUGACCUCCGGCAGCAGUAAGGAGUCCAAAGCAUGCAGAGAUUUACUGGUGAAAACCUUUAACCAGGGAGAUACAGUGGAAGGACUGAAGCUCUCACUGAUGAUGGCACAUCCAGAAUUUUCUGACAACCUCCGAAAUAAGCUACAUAUCCAACGGAAUUUCAAGACCUUUGAUUCUGGACUUCCACAGAACAAAAGGAACCAAUACUACAAGGAUGGCUAUGUAAGGCUGGUUGAAGCGUACAGUAGCAAGAGCUUAAUCAACCAAAACCAGAAGACAGAGCUGAUGCGCUGGAUAGACCAAGAUCAGUUCCUUAAGGACAAGCCUUUGACAGACAAAAUGAUAGCAGUGAUCCCAAGAAAUAAGAAGUGAGUCAACUUGGUUGCAUGUCAACUCUGCUGGCGUUCAUCCAAGUCCACGCUCGUUUUUAUAAGACAUUUGCGUUUAAAACUGAGAAUGUUUCUAAAUUCAAGUGCAGGGCAGGAACCACCUCAGCACUGCCCUCGUCAAUACACUGAUCAGUUCAUGUUCUUCACUGUCCUUAUUCUGAAGCUGUUAUCAGUAAAUGUUUGCUAUGAAUACAAUGUUUUUAAGACUGCAUGAGCGCAUUCGUAACACAUUAUAAUCCAUUCACAACACGUUAUAAACAUAGUGACAGAUAUUUAUAAAAAUGCAUUCUGCUUAGUAUGAAUUAUUAACAUAGUGCAUUAUAAGCCGUGUUUAUAACUCUUUAUAUCGUAAGUGUGAAAGUGUGCGCAGCGCGUUAUAACCUGACUUGCCGUGAAGAUGCACCAAGCUAUGCCACGAUUACUUUGAACAUCUUACGAGCAUUAUCAUUUAUUUAGAGUUAUCUAGAACCGAAUAAAGGCUUACCGUUAUUUCUAACGUAUUGUAAGGUGUAUUUGCAUGUUUCAGUUUUAGCGACAGAAUUUCAAAACUUAUUAUUUUGGGUGUAGAUUUUAAUGCUGUAAACACUGACUUUAUAAUCCCAUUAUAAGAGCUUAUAAUUAUGUGAACUCUCUGAAGUGGAACAUAUUUUAGACUUUAACAUUUCUAAUGAACUUUAGUUUUACAUCAUAGCAACCCUACUACCCAUCAUUGCCCUCUCCCUUCUGGAGCUACCCUAAGCAUGAGGCUGCUGAUGAGUGAAGGCAGUGGAGAGCAGUCACCGCCCGUUUUUAUUACUACAUUUCUUAGUCAGUGCCUCCACCUCUACUUCUACUUCCUUCUUUCCUAAGAGGCUCUUCCACAAAUAAAUAUUCUAGGCUUAAAGUUACAUUCACACUUAACACCUACAUUAAAGUACUGACUGAAGGAUUCACUGAAAGACUGCAAUGUACAACAUGAAGCACGUCUUACAAGCUUCGGAUACCGCUGUUUAAACUAGAGGCACCAUAAGAAUAUGAAAUCCAACAUGGUAGCUUUGUGGUGACAGAGGGUCUUUGGGUGUGGAUGGGGGGUCUCUGGGUGGGGGUCUGAUGGGUUCUUUGCUGGGGUGGCACAGCAACGCUCAGCGCUCUGAAUGACCAUCCCUAAUGACACUGGAAAUACUUUGGCUUGAACUUUCCUUUAGUCUAAAAUAAGUCUCGCUUUACUUCUAACUCACAGAGACAUCUUACAAGCUCAGUACUUAUCAAAUGCUGUGGUCAUAAUGCAUUAUAAACACAUUAAUAAUGCAUCACAUAGAAUACAUAACACCUCAUGAUUCCUGGCAUAAGCCUGUAUAGCUGCUAAGAAGCAGUCGAAUUGCAUGCAUAACGCUUUCUAAAGCCAAAGAAUAUGAACUCAUUAUGAAGUAAUUUGCAUAACGCUCUGAAACAUCUGUUCAUUAGAAUAUGGUAAACAGUAACGGAGUAAUGUACUAAAUCCCAGGAUUAGAAAACCGGACGGCUUUCAGAACUUUCUUUAGACACCAAUGAGGUUUGAUUACAGAUGGAAAAUAAAAACAGUCUUAUUUGUAGAUAAUGAUCCUGUUGGUCUAGUUAGCAACAGAAAUGAUCCAAAAACAUGAUUCAAUACCCAGAAAAGGGCGAAAAACCCAGAUGAUUCAAUACCCAGAAAAGGGCGAAAAACCCAGAUGAUUUAAUACCCAGAAAAGGGCGCAUUCCUUCACGUCCCUUCUUGCGUGAACACAAUGAGAGAACUGACGUUGAGUGAAUGGGUAGCAGAUGCUUUGGAGGAGGUGUCCAGCAAGCGUCCAGCAUGUCCUCAUCACAUCCUUGCUCUUUCUCUGAGUGUCUGUGUUUCAAAAGUUUGAUCAGUUGCUUUGUUUUCUUACCUUUAUUUUCCUCUUAUUUCAUGGAAUGAAUAGGAGACAUUAAACGCUUAAAGUGCUGUACAAGUAAAUCUUCUAGCCGACUGCUUGUUCUGGCAUCGUGUAAGACAAAUAAAUGAAUGAGAAAACAA